UACCCUGAUUUUUCUAAAUCAUUCAUUUUAACCACCGAUGCUUCCGGAAUAGCCAUAGGAGGAAUACUUUCCCAAGGGGAAAUAAACAAAGACCAACCGAUCGCUUACGCCUCUAGAACCCUCACAGACAAUGAACUGAAAUACGACACAUACAAAAAGGAAGCAUUGGCCAUAAUUUAUUGCGUCAAACAUUUUCGACCGUAUUUAUAUGGAAGAAGACUUACACUUGUCACGGAUCAUAAACCAUUAAUGUGGUUCAAAAACGCGCAAGAUGCAAAUAUGCGAAUACUCCGAUGGAGAUUAAAAUUAUCGGAGUACGAUUACGAUGUAGUAUACAUGGCCGGCAAAACUAAUGUAAAUGCAGACGCUCUAUCGAGAAACCCUAUAAAUCUGGAAGAAAUUGAUUGUAAAAUAAUAAAAGAUCGAAAAUUGCUAAAUCCAAACAACCCCGAAGAUGCACAAUUAAUUGCCGAAUUAUUAGAAAAAUCUGAUAGCGAAGAAAAAGAAGAAGAAGACAACUUUCAUUUAUAUCUUUCGGAUAACGAAGAAACCGAAGAAAUAACACCGGAAAAUCAUUUAUUUGAUAAUACUACGGAUACCCUUUUAUUUACACCUGCAGAAUUAAACGAACCAAAUUAUUUAUCGACUACCGAACAGGCUUUAAUACACGAUCUUCCCAGACAAAACAGAAUUCAAACAAGAAGUCAGACAAUAAAACAAAAUACUAAACAAAAUAAAAUAUCCAAUGAAUUGCAUAGUAAUGAAGAAGAAAUUGAGGAAAUUGAAGAUAGAAACGAUCCGCCAGACAAAGAUUCUGACAGUGACAAGAAAAAUGAGGAAGAAGACGAGGAAAACAUUAUUAACCAGAAUUUAAAAACAAAAAAAACAAAACCUAUGAUUAUCGAAAAUCGAUUAAUUAAAAGCAACAUUAUAGAUUCCCGCAAACUUUUAUUUUUACGAAAAGACAACGUGGCAUAUUUUGUCGAUACACAAGGAAAACCAUUAGAUUCUGGCUCACAGUACAACAAUGUUUGCAGUGCCAACUAA